UACCCGAUGUUACCAAUACUCAUAAGGUCGCCGUCGCGAUGCCUUCCUCAGACAGCAAAACGCGUCUCAACCGCGUCAAAUAGUCUGAGCGCGUUGAAGUUCUCAGCGCGGCUGAGCAUCGCCACACGGCUCGCUACAACUUCCGAGCCCACUACAACUACCAGCCAAGAUACAGUACAAGCGACAUCACCAGCUGAUGUCGAGUCGCAACCGAAAAAGAUGAAGAAGACAAUAGCGGAGCUGGAUGAGGAGCUACGAUUGAAGCUGGAGGGCAUUUCGGGUGACGGAGGCGCCUCUGGCGUUGAAUACGAAGGCGGAAAGGCCGAGGGAUUAAAAAGGGGUGUCAAAGCAAACAUGUUCCGGGUCAUUUGA